UUUCAGCUCGACUUUAAACAUUCGACAUAAGCUUGUUUUGGAGACGCUCUAACUUGCUUGACUUUGAAAUUUAAAUAUUUAAGAUUUACUUGAACAUUCAUAAGUAUUACUUAAUUAGCAAACAAUCAUGUCUAAGGCACAUCCUCCAGAGUUGAAAAAGUUCAUGGACAAGAAGCUGUCCAUUAAACUAAACGCUGGUCGUGCUGUGACGGGCGUUCUUAGAGGAUUUGAUCCUUUCAUGAACUUGGUACUUGAUGAAUCAGUUGAGGACUGUAAAGACGGGCAGAGGAAUAAUAUAGGGAUGGUCGUAAUCCGUGGAAACAGUAUCAUCAUGCUGGAGUCUUUGGAUAGAAUAUAGGAUUAUACUUAAUAAUUAAAUAAAUAAGUUUUACAAUUAAGGAACUUUAUUAGACAGAAUUUCUAUUUUUGUAAAACACCAUGCAGGCAAAAUUGUUUUGUAUAGUCUUUUACUUAAAGAAAUAAUAUUUGUUGGCCAUGUCAAGUAACAAAGUUCUCUAUCACAGACACCAUGACUUUCAAGUUACAUUUCAUAACUUUCAUGUUCAGAUAUAAACCAAAAAAUAGCUAAUUUGUUAACUAUACUAUACUAUUUCUCUGUAUAGACAGGUGUAAAAUAUAAAUUGUAAUAUUUAAGCUAAUCUAAAAUCCUUAAAAAUUAUAGAAUAAGAAUUAA